GCAAUAAAAUUAUUCCCAAUAAAUUUGCCUUAAUUAUGGCUGUUUAUUAAUAUUGGAUCGGAAGAAGUGCAUGAAUCUGAGAGAAGGGGUGCGGCCGCAACAUGGGCCCGUCCCGUCGGAGGCUCGAGGCGUGAGCAGUGCGGCUGUGCGAGUCACAACAACUGGAUUGGCGAGCGAGCCGAGUGAGCCGAGUGAGACGAGUUCAGUCAGUUCAGUGCCUUACGCGAGACGCGACCGCGAGCACGCGCCCCACGCGCCGCAGUCCGCUCCGACCACGACCCACGGAAUGUAGUGAAGUGCCCGCGAGCUUUGACUCAGUGCCACGCUCCGACACCCGAGACCCUCGCUGCAUGCAUGUUGCGUGACAGCUGCUCACAGGCCUCCGUCACACCUGCGACUCGCUUGCUCCACCAUGGGGUGCGCCAAAGGACUCUGCACCGCUGAGAAGAUAUUCAUCUUCAUCAACAUCGCCUUCGCGAUGUACAGCGGCGCGCUGCUGGCGACGGCGGCGCGGCUGGCGUGGGACCCCAGCACGUACACGUGGUUCCGCUUCCUGUGUGGCGCGCAGUACCGCGUGUCGGCGGCCUACGUGUUCGCGGCCGGCGUGUGGCUGGCCGCGCUAGUCUACCUGGCCGCCGCCGCCGCGCAGCGCCACGCGCCGCUCUGCCUGCAUCUCUACGCGGCGGGCGUGGCCUGCUUGGCGCUGAGCGAGGUGGGCUACGGCGCGUGGAUGGGCGCGUCGCUGGCGGCGUGGUGGCGCGAGGCGCCGCAAGCCGAGCUGGCGCGCCGCGGCAUGGACCUGCUGCACGACCUCAAGCCCGCGCUGCUCGCCGUCGAGCGCUACCGCGACGUCGCGCGCCCGCUCUACGACAUGAUCGAGGAGGUGGAACGUGAGGCCCCGAACAACGCUUUCGUCAUCAUAGUGUUCGGCGUGCUCGGCAUGGUGCUACAGAUAGCAGCAUUCGUAAUGGCGCGGCGGCUGGCGCGAGGAGAGCGUGCGCGCGCGGCGUCGGUGAGCGAGGACAAGCACGCGGCGGUGCGCGCCGUGCCCGCGCACGACGACGACAGCGACACCAACGACCCCGAGCGCGCGCCGCCCGGCUGGCGCAAGAAGGCCAACCUGCGCAUGUACACCAUCCUCGACAAGAUUUUCUAGCAGGACGAGACAGGCGGGGGCGCGCCCCCCGCUGCGGUGUCGUCGCGCGACGCUGCGUGGGCGGCGGUGCAGGCGCAGUUCGCUGCGGAGCGCGCCGCCCGCGCCGCGCCCUCCGCGCCCCCUGCGCCCCCCGCGCCCGCUGCGCUGCUCAUCCUGCGCGAGCGCCCGCCGCGCCGCAGGGACCCCGACACCGCUCCCAGCAUUGCCUACUACUCGUAGCGGCGCCGGCAGCCGCUAUUAUUAUAAUGAUAGAUGUUCCACACGAGUUUGUCAUUAUAUCAGUAGAGAGGCGGGCCAGACCACACCCGGUGUUGGUCCGCGCCCCUUCCUAAGUAUCUAUAUUGUUCUCUACGUAAUCAAAUUAACGAACACAGACUGCCAUAUUAUGUAGUAGUUAACAGUAAUCAUAAUAAGUAAGUUCUACUGUAACACUAGUUGUAAGUUGUUUAUGAGAUGUGAGGGAUGUCUUGUGGUGUGUGUCACCGCUCCCACAAUGUGCGCCUCGGCGAGAACUAUGUUGUUUCGUGGCGUAUGUAGUCGUCUGUAUAGAAUACAAGAUAUUGUAAAAUUAUGAUUUUACUAGUAUAUUGAAUAGUGACUUCUUGCCUUGUAGUAAACCUAUCGAGAGACACGGUGCUAAGAAAGCGAACUUACAAAUACCUAUUCAAGCAUAACCUAGUUAUAAUGAGCUGAGCUCGGUGUCGCUCACAUAUCUGUCCCGAGCUCGCGCGCCAGCUCGACGCACUCAUGUGAUACCAUGUGUACUGUGAUUUCAAGUAAUAAGCCUACAAGAGCGUCCCGGUGGCGGGUGGUGGUCGGAUACCUGGUGCCAAAUAGACUAAGUUAGGUAGUACCUAUGACUCGUUCACUGUUUUCGACAAUAUCGAUGUUGUAGUUCGGAGUUUCCUCGGUAACUAGACAAUAAGCCAGCGAUACGCACACGUCGCCACGUUGUUGAUCCUCCAAUGUAACUCGUUACAAUUAAAGCAAUAAAGUGAUAUUUUUGUAUA